UUAGAAUUAGAUGGAUAAUUUUAUAUUUCUCUCAGUGGUCAUUUACAAUUAGAUGGAUAAUUAAAUAUUUAUAUAUUAAUCAAAAAUGUAUAAAAAUCGACGAGGAGUUAGUUAGUUCCAUACCACAACUACUACACCUGCGCCAUCUGUAACUGUAACCGUAACCGUAACCGUAACGCUCUUCUUCUGACUCUCAUCGCACCUGCUCCGCCACUUUUCUCCUCCAUGGCCCCGAGCAAGCUCAAUUCCACUGAUCCUUAUGAGAAUGGAGAUGCUGGAAUUAGUGAUUCACUCUCGUUAUUUCACUCCGAGAAGGCAGUUCAGGAGCUUCUACAGCAGACUCCGGUUCAGGGGACUGAUGAUCAUCUUAUUGAGUUUUCCGAGGCGUUAAGAACUGUUGCAAAGGCGUUAAGACGAGCUGCUGAAGGGAAAGCUUCUGCUCAAGCUGAGGCUACUGAAUGGAAGCGGAGAUAUGAACUCGAGAUGGAAAGGAAUCAGCGGUUUCAGCGUCAAGAAAAGUCAGCCGGGAAAAACAAUGGUGGCUUAGCCGAAGGGAAGACUCAUAACCCAGACAGCCAAUCUGUGCCAAGUAAUCAAGCAAAUGGAUUAUCUGAAACUUGUUAUACCAAUGGGAUAUGCUCUCAUGAAAUUCUUCAAAAUGGAGAGACUGAUUCCGAUUCCAACAUGUCUCAAAAUAAGAUGAUGAGAAAGGCAUCUUUUAAACUUGCAUGGUGUUGCAAAGGUGAUAGUGACCAACACAAACAUGAUGUUGUAUCUUUUGAAAGAGGGAACAUAACGACUGCAGAGCGCAGCAGUAAACAGAUUUCUUUAAAGUGGGAAUCUGAUCCACAGACUGUGCUUAUAAUGACCAAGCCAAAUUCUACUUCUGUUCGUGUACUAUGUGCAGAUAUGGUCAGAUGGUUGAAAGAGCAUAAAAAGUUACAAAUUUAUGUGGAACCGCGUGUCAGGAAUGAACUUCUAACAGAAUCAUCUUACUUCAACUUUGUUCAUACUUGGAAAGUUGACAAGGAAAUCUCACAGCUACACACAAAAGUUGACCUUGUGGUAACUCUUGGUGGGGACGGUACAGUUCUUUGGGCAGCAUCAAUGUUCAAAGGACCGGUUCCUCCCAUUGUUCCAUUUUCUUUAGGUUCUCUUGGCUUUAUGACACCAUUUUAUAGCGAACAUUACAGAGAUUGCUUUGAUUCAAUUCUGAAAGGUCCAAUUAGCAUUACAUUGCGACACAGGUUGCAAUGCCAUGUUAUUAGAGAUGCAGCAAAACACGAGGUUGAAACCGAGGAGCCAAUACUUGUUCUAAAUGAGGUUACAAUUGACCGUGGAAUAUCAUCUUUCCUCACAAAUUUGGAAUGCUAUUGUGACAACUCAUUUGUCACGUGUGUGCAAGGUGAUGGGCUAAUUUUAUCAACAACAUCUGGCAGCACCGCAUACUCAUUGGCAGCUGGAGGAUCGAUGGUCCAUCCGCAGGUUCCUGGCAUACUCUUUACACCAAUUUGUCCGCACUCCUUAUCCUUUCGGCCUCUGAUAUUACCGGAGCACGUAACAAUUCGAGUGCAAGUUCCAUUCAAUAGUAGAAGCUCUUCUUGGGCAUCUUUUGAUGGGAAGGACAGAAAACUGUUAGAACCCGGUGAUGCACUUGUGUGCAGUAUGGCGCCUUGGCCUGUGCCUACAGCAUGCCAGGGGGAUUCAACUAAUGACUUCCUGCGGAGCAUCCAUGAAGGGCUUCACUGGAAUCUGAGGAAAACUCAGUCUUUUGAUGGUCCUCGGGAGCAUUAAAGUUCUCGCUUUAUUUUUCUCACAGAAGAAGUAAAUGAUGGAUUUAUACUUAUUUAAGAGCAUCGGCGUCAUAGACAUAUAAAGUGUCAAAUUAAUUGCAUCCGAUGAUGAUGAUGUGAUGAAAAUCCGAGGAGGCAAUUUAAAUGUAUGUUCUAAAACCAAAUUGCCUCUAUACUUUAUAGAAUUGAUGUAGCUGUUAAAGGAGUUAGAUACAAGAAAGCCUACUGUAGAAUGUGUUUGUGAUAGACAGUGUCUCCUUGUAGUAUCUGCAUUAUACAUCGUUUAAUUUUUUAAUUGUAGUAAUAAAACGAAAUUUUAUCA